AUGCCACCGUCGUCCACCACCACCGUUGCAGCCUCCUUCACCGCCAUCUUCCUCCUCCUUACCACCUCUUCCGCCAGUCCGGCUUCCCGGCCCCGGCCGUUUAAGAAAAUUUAUGCAUUCGGAGACUCUUACACCGACACCGGAAACACCGCCUCCGCUAGCGGCCCUAAUGCCUUCACUUACGUCUCUAACUUGCCAUACGGUCGCACGUUCUUCCACCACCCCACCAACCGCUACUCCGACGGCCGCCUCGUCAUCGACUUCGUAGCGGAAUCGCUCUCCUUACCCUACGUGCCACCCUACCACAACCGCAAAGCCGACACCUCGUUUGGCGUCAACUACGCUGUUGCGGGGUCCACCGCUAUACCUUAUGGGUUCUUUGUCAAAAAUAACCUCACUCUCGACAUCCAACCUCAGACCUUACAAACUCAACUUGCAUGGUUUAGCAAGACCUUGGAGGGGCACAAAUGUAAAAACACCAAAUCAACUCCUAAUGAAUGUAAGGCGGUUUUUGGGGAUGCAUUGAUUUGGGUGGGUGAAAUUGGCGCCAAUGAUUACGCUUACACCGUCGGAUCUUCCGUUCAAAGCAAAACCAUUCAACAGCUUGCGAUUCGAAGUGUCACCGGAUUUCUAGAGGCAUUGCUUAACAAAGGCGCAAAAUAUGUGGUGGUUGAAGGCCUCCCGACCACCGGUUGCCUAACCCUCUCGAUGGCACUCGCAUCUGAGUCCGAUCGCGACGACAUGGGCUGUGUGGGUAGUCUCAACAAGCAAAGCUACGAUCACAACACCAUCCUGCAAACCAAGAUCCAAGACCUCCGCAAAAAGUAUCCACAAACAGUCAUCGUUUACGCCGACUACUGGAACGCUUACCGUUCCGUCAUCAAGAACGCACCCAGACUCGGGUUCAAGGAGCUUUACAAGGUGUGUUGCGGGUCAGGUGGCUCGCCAUACAACUUCGACAUCCUUGCAACAUGUGGAUCCCAAUCUUCGAGCUCGUGCCAAGACCCUGGUCAAUACAUCAACUGGGACGGGGUUCAUCUCACUGAGGCUAUGAAUAAGGUAGUUUAUGAGUCAUUCCUUAAGGGCGGGUUCACACAUCCACCAUUUGGGUACGUAUUAAGCAGUAAAGAAAGCUCGGGCUAAAUUACUAUGAACCAGUUUCCUAGUUUUACUGAUAGAUGUAGUUAUUUUCAAGCACCGAAGCAGCAAACAGAAUGCAGUGUAGAUUACUAUGAACCUUACUGCUCAUGUGGGCUUAUUGUUCUUGAGAUGAAUAAUCGAUUUUGGUUCUUGAGCUA